AUGAGUUCUAAAAAAUACAAGAUCCAGGACGCCAAGCUGCCUUCCAACAGAGAGCAAUGGGAGUGUCUCAAGUCUGUCCUGAUUUCGCAUUUCAUGGUCGAGGCGUUUCCGAUCUGGUUUUUCCACCCGGUGUGUGAGAAGAUCGGAAUCAGCUACGAGGUGCCCUUCCCUUCGCUCAAGACCAUAGCCCUGCAGGUGGCCAUUUUCUUUUUGCUCGAGGACGCUUGGCAUUACUGGUUCCACAGAGGACUGCACUACGGCUCGUUCUACAAGUACAUCCACAAGCAGCAUCACCGGUACGCCGCUCCGUUCGGACUUGCCGCAGAGUACGCCCACCCGAUCGAGGUGAUGCUGCUUGGCUUCGGCACCGUGGGCAUCCCGAUCGUGUGGUGCUACUUCACCAGAAACCUCCACUUGUUCACGAUCUGUAUCUGGAUCACGCUUCGACUGUACCAGGCUGUGGACGCCCACUCCGGUUACGAGUUCCCGUGGUCGCUGCACCACUUCCUGCCAAUCUGGGCCGGAGCAGACCAUCACGACGAGCACCACCACCAUUUCAUCGGCAACUACGCCUCGUCGUUCCGGAUGUGGGACUUCUUUUUGGAUACCGAGGCCGGCAACACGGCCAAGCUGAACCGCGAGAGAAAGGCCAAGCUGAAGGGCGAGAAGAAAGCCAAGCUGAAAGAGUGA